AUGGGGAAUCUGAAUGCAGGAACAAGCCAAAAUGUUUCCACUAAGAACGCACUGAGCAGCCCUGAUGACUCACAGACAAGAGAAAAAUAUACUAACCUGGGGACCACCGAGGACUACACCACUGCAGAGGACUACACCACUGCCGAUGUGGGGACCACUGAGGACUACACCACUGCAGACCCAGGGACCACCGAGGACUAUACCACUGUAGACGUAGGGACCACUGAGGACUACAGCACUGCAGACCUGGAAACCACCGAGGACUAUACCACAGCAGAUCUGGGGACUACCGAGGACUGCACUACUGCAGGCAUGGGGACCACCGAGGACUACACCACUGCCGAUGUGGGGACCAAUGAGGACUACACCACUGCAGACCCGGGAACCACUGAGGACUACACCACUGCAGACCCGGGGACCACCGAGGACUAUACCACUGUAGACGUAGGGACCACUGAGGACUACAGCACUGCAGACCUGGAAACCACCGAGGACUAUACCACAGCAGAUCUGGGGACUACCGAGGACUGCACUACUGCAGGCAUGGGGACCACCGAGGACUACACCACUGCCGAUGUGGGGACCAAUGAGGACUACACCACUGCAGACCCGGGGAACACCAAGGACUAUACUACUGCAUACAUAGGGGCCACCGAGGACUACACCACUGCAGAAGACUACACUACUGCUGAUGUGGGAACCACUGAGGACUACACCACUGCAGACCCGGGGACCACCGAGGACUAUACCACUGUAGACGUAGGGACCACUGAGGACUACAGCACUGCAGACCUGGAAACCACCGAGGACUAUACCACAGCAGAUCUGGGGACUACCGAGGACUGCACUACUGCAGACCCGGGGAACACCGAGGACUAUACCACUGCAGACAUAGGGACCACCGAGGACUACACUACUGCCAACGUGGGGACCACCAAGGACUACAUUACUGCAGACGCAGAAAACACAGAGGACUAUUCCAUGGCCAACCCGGGGACCACGGAGGACCAUACCACUGCAGACGUGGGGACCACUGAGGCCCAUACCACUGCAGACCUGGGGACCACCGAGGACUAUACCACUGUGGACCCCGCGACCACAGAAGACCAUACCACUGCAGAUUUGGGGACCACCAGGGACCAUACCACUGCAGACCUGGGGACCACCAAUGACCAUACCACUGCAGAGGUGGGGACCACUGAGGACUCUUUUACUGCAGACCCGGAGACCACCAAACACUACACCAGUAAACAUCCAGACACUCGCCCCAAGGGAACAGAUUCAGUAACCUCAGUGAAACCCACUAGGCGCCUGACACCUAUCGGAAUCAUCCUCAUCUCCCUGGCAGCCACCACAGUGGCAGUUUCACUCUUCGUUGGACUUGGCUUCUUUGUGGAACUAAAUGGUAGUGAUGAUGAUAGUAAUGAUGGCACUGCUGAUGAUAAUCAAUAUGCAGUGGUGGUGGUGACGGUGGUGGUGAUGGUGAUGUUUAUGGAGAUAGUGGAGAUGGUGAUGGUGCUGGUGAUGGAGGUGGUAAUGGUGAUGGUGGUGGAGAUGGUGGUGGAGGUGGAGACAGUGAUGGUGACAGUGAUGGUUCUGAAUGUCUUUCCUCUUUGA